AUGCUUUUUCCGCUCCUUUUACUCUUUCUACUAGCGAAUCGAGCGGACGGUUUCGACAAAAUCCAGCUGAAUUCGACGCGCGUCACCAACUGGGGAAAGUGGCACGAAUGGGCGAGGUGUGAGGACGGGAAGCACGCGCACGGAAUGCAGAUCAAGUACGAGCCGAAUCAGUACGCGGGCGACGACAGUGCUCUCAACGCAAUCGCUCUCUACUGUCUCGAUUUGGCUUCGUGUAAGGAAAAUAACCAAAAAAUGGGUCAUCCGGCGGUGUUUCGGUGUGCUUCUCACGGAAGAAUUUUUAUCUUUUUUAGAAAAUUUUUUGAUGGAAUGUGAUCAACUGACGAAAUGUAUAGCAAAGUGAACUGUGCUCAUAGAAAAAUAAUUGUAAAUUUAGCUGUUCAUACAAAAAAGUUAUUCGAGUUGUUCCGUGAAAAAAGGGGGCCAACGGAACAACUCGAAUAACUUUUUUGUAUGAAAAGCUAAAUUUACAAUUAUUUUUUUAUGAAUAGAGUUUACUUUUCUAUACAUUUCGUCAGUUGAUCACAUUCCAUUAAAAAAUUUUCUAAAAAAGAUGCAAAUUCUUCCGUGUGAGUUCUUUCGCUCAACUAUUACACUGUCCAAAUCCCAGUUCGUCAAAACUUCACACAGUAGAAUGUUUGCCUCAAAUAGUGUGCAAUUAAUUCUCUUGAUAAAAUUAGGACGAGUCAGUCAUUGCAGACACGUACCACUCGAACGACUGGAUCAUGGGCGGCGAGGGACCGUUCGGGUAUUGGCAAACAGUCGGCUACUGUCCGAUCAGCACCGCAAUCGUCGGUUUCGCUCUCCGUGCUCAAGGACACGUCGAUGGCGACAAUCCUGCCGCGGACAACUUUGCCGUCUUCUGUGCAUCCGUGUGCGGACCGCGAUACAGUGACUACAUAAUUCGAGGUUGGUUGGCGUUCAGUGGAAAGAAAAUGUGGCAUCUGGGUGAAUGUUUUACUAGAAUACGUACUUAUUUUGUAGAGUAAUGGGGCUAUUCAGCGUGUGUUUGUUUUCCGUUUUUUUCGUUGUUUUUUACAUCGCUGAAUUGGAUUUUUUGACGUAAAAAAACGAAAAAAAUGGAAAACAAUCAUUUUUUCACAGCCUGAAUAACCCCAUAAUAACUGAAUGUCAUAUAGGUGAGCAUUGGAAAGAUCCGAAGACUCGAAGACAAAACUCAUUUUUUCAGGAACAACCGCCGAGUUUGGCAACUGGUCGGCGCCUCAAUUCUGUCCACGUGGCUUCGUGGUUUGUGGAAUCCAGGCUCAAAUUGAAGGAAAUCAAGGCCGCGGAGUAGACGAUACGGCGUUGAAUAACGUGAAUCUGGAGUGCUGUAGAGUCCGCAAAGAAGUCUGUUCGCUCACUUUGGCCCGUCAUUCUGUGAACUCCAACUCAAGUGGUAACUUUUAAUAUCAUGAAUUUAUUAUGAAAGUCGGCACGGAACCCCAGCCUUCCAAUAAAAAAUUCCCUUGGCGCAAUUCACGUGCGCUAAACAAGGCGCGUAACGCGUAAUUUCGGAGCGUCGUUGUAGAGUUUCUCAUUUCAAUUUUCCCUUUUUUUUGCAUUAUCCCCAUCUUUUCAGAACCAAUCAGUGUCGAAACUUAUAAUAAUGAUUAGAUAUGAAUAAAAAAUGAAAUGUUAACUGCUUCGUCAUCAAUUUCGAAACGUUUUAUGUGAAAAUUACAGAAUUGUUUUCCUUUUGGAAUCGAAAAUUUGCCUCAAUUAUCUCAAUUCUGUAUAUUUUUCGACGGUUGAGCGCUUAAAAGAUGCGCAAUAAACUGCUUGUUGACUGGAGACGGUUCGAAUGCCAGUGUCCGAACUCGAUUCGGCAAAUAAUCAUUAAAACUCGGUUUUUUUCAGUAGUUUUCGACAAAAUCCCUUAAUUUGGUCAAUUCUGAACGAAUCUGCUCCGUUUCGCGCUUAAAUCGAUGCUUUUAACUCUGACAAACGCCCCUACGGUUCGCAAAGAACAAAAUUUGAGUGUUUAUUAAGAGAAAAACGAAAGAAUUCUGGGUUUCAAUUGAAAAACGAAACUGCGAGUCGAGGGUGGAUGCAAGCGCGCCCCAUUGACAACUCGCUUGCGCAUUGCAAUGCUGGGGUUCCGUGAGCCCCCCUACUUCCAGAUUCUCCGCCAACUUCCAGCCGCAUGGAGCUGCACUCAACUCGACUCACCAACUGGGGCAGAUGGUAUCCGUGGGCGAGAUGUUCGACGGGACGGUACGCGCACGGAAUGCAAAUAAAGUACCGACAGAAUCUGAAGGAACGAGAUAAUACGAAUCUGAAUGCGGUGGCUAUUUUCUGUCAGGAACUGGGGCUAGACGAGAUCCGCGGCGACGACGGUUGGAUGAGCGGCGAGGGUCAUUUCGGUGUCUGGCAGACGGUGCGCUACUGUCCCGCGCGCACCGUCAUCAUCGGAUUCGCCCUUCGCUCUCAGCCACCUCAAACCGACGGCGACAACGUGGCGGCGGACAACUUUGCAGCCUACUGUGGAACGGUUUAUGGUCCCCGAAAGCCCGACUUGACGAUUCGAGGUCGCUUUUGCAACUGUAAAGUGACAACUUUAACGUUUCGGUUCAGGAGACACUGCGGGCGUGGGCAAUUGGACGGCCGAUCAGUUCUGUCCGCAGGGAUACGUCGUCUGCGGGAUUCAGAGUCAGAUUCACGAAUUGCAGAAUCUGAACGACGACACGUCGCUGAAUAACGUGAAUCUGGAGUGCUGUCGAGUUCCGAUCGAUCAAUGCGAACUCAAACAUUCGAUGGUCCCGAUUGCAGAGUUCGACAAUAGAAGCGGUCGGUUACGGUAACAUGUCGACGACAAUCUGGGGUACAUGUUUAAGGAAACGGAACAGUGUCGGCGAAGUUUGUGAAGAAGAUAUCGUACACUCGAACCACUGGAUCCACGCAAACUGUCACCAAUGAGGAAAAGAACGUCAUUUCGAAAAGUUAGUCUUUUUCCGUCAAGUAAUGCGGCUAUUCAGGGGAUUAAAAAAUGAUUGUUUUCCGUUUUUUUUCCCUAUUCACUAUCAGCGAUGUCAAAAAAUGGAAAAAAAAACGGAAAGAAAUGCAUCGCUCGCAGCGUUUUUUUUUCCGGCGGGUCUCGCAGCGAUUUCCCGGACGCGAAGCAUGCGGCUACUGUGAGAGACGUUUUAUGAGCGGAUUUACGAGAACAGGGCUUUUUUUUCUAAUUUUUCAGCGAAAUUGCCACGUUUUCCCACUAUUUUCAAUCGCUUUUCAACGGAAAUUCAGUUCUUAUUUAUCUGUUAUGGUAACUGAUGCGAAAUUGCCACGCGUUUACCGCUAUUUCCGACCGACUUUGCUUGAAUUUUUUUUUUUUUUUUUAAUAGUUUCGAGUGCCUCGUCAUAUCGUUCAAAACAUUGAGCUUUUCGGUGAAAAUCGGUUCAAAAUAGCGGGAAAACGUGGCAAUUUCGCUGAAAAAUUAGAAAAUUUUUCGUAAAUCCACUCAUAAAGCGUCUCUCACAGUAGCCGCAUGCAUCGCGUCCGGGAAAUCGCUGCGAGACCCGCCGGAAAAAAACGCUGCGAGCGAUGCAUUUAUUUCCGUUUUUUUUUUCAUUUUUUUUACAUCGCUGAAUAGGGAAAAAACGGAAAACAAUCAUUUUUUCAUCCCCUGAAUAGCCCCAUAAUAGUCGGUCCCUACUUUCUAUUUUCUCAGCCUGAUUUCAAGAUUUCCAACUCUGAACUUCAUUUUUUGUGUUCAUUCUUCUGUUUGGCUCUUCAGAACUGUCGAUUGGUUUCGGUCUGAGCUACGAGAGUUCGUCAAGCGUCGGCGCCAGUGUCACUGGAUCCAACGGCGUCGGAGUCACUGCACAACUCCAAAGAACGUUGGGUCUGACCGGAGACAUCAACAGGGAACUAUUGGAGGGCAGCGAGCAGAUCACGACGAAGCAGUUGCAGUCGAUGGUGCAGGAUGCGACGACCCACGAACGAUCGGUCCGUUUACUCUAGAAUUGGACACGUUUUCAAGUUUUCAGGAGACGAUCACGUUCACAGUUCCCGCCUUCACUCGCGUCAUCAUCGAACAACUCUUCAUCACUUGCGGAGAAUAUCGAUUGGGACUGGCGAAGACUGUCUCCAGAGGCUGA